UACGAACGCACACAUAUACAAACAAACAAACAGCAAAAAGGCAAGCCAUUAAUCCCUUCAUCUGCAGGCCCUUUCACACCCUCUGUAAGUCCUUUGACAAACAUAUAUAUCCAACCCACCUUGUACUUUUUUACAUUUUCAGAAGUAAAUCAUGUUCAGUUUGGGCUGAGUUCAAGCUUGGCAAUGGACUCCCAAGAAGACAGGGUCUGUGUUGCCGUUGGGAAUGACCCACAAGAUGGGUUUGCAACCUUGGCAUGGGCGCUUGGAAAGUGGUCUUCCCAUUCAAUCUCCAUAGUGAUACUCCAUGUGCCCAACAACUAUUCGCCCAAGGAUUAUGUUUACACGCCCUUUGGAAAACUCCCUGCAAGAUACAUCAGUGAUGAGAAGUUGCAAAUUAUGAGGAAGAUGAAGGAAGUGGAAGAUGACAAGUUGCUGUCUCGGUACAAAGGUUUCUGUGGCAAGGUCAAAACUGAAAUUCUUAAAAUUGAGAAGCAUGACCAGCCUCUGCAUAAGGUCUUGCUGGAUUUGAUAUUGGAGCUUCGGAUAACCAAAUUGGUUAUGGGGAUUUCAAUCAUGAAGUCAUCAUCAGGAAAAUGCCGCAGUGCAAUCAGUGGAUCAUUUUAUGUUCACCAGUACAAACCCGAAUUCUGUGAGUUAUUUAUUGUAUGCGGAGGAAAACUGGUGUUCCUGAGAGGAGCAACUAAUGAAGGAUUUACAGAGGGUGAUCAAGGAGUCAUGGCUACUAAGUUAAAAGAAAAGGGGAGUUUCAAUGGUUGGUUAGGCAAAUUGUUGCCGGAAAGUGCGACGAACGAGAGGAAUCUCGGUAGCUCUCGGGUAGCUUCGAUGAACAACGAUUCCACAGAUCAAUGGGAAUAUCAAGAGAAAGAGCUUGAGAGUUACUUCUAUGAAUUGUUGUCUUCAAAUUGUGGUGAAAAGUGUCCAGAGAUGGAGUGCGACACCCUUUGGAAUGGUCAAGCAGAACCGGAUAUGCCGAGUGGUAGCGAUAAAAUUGAACUGCUGAAGAUUGGAAUUAGAAAAGCUCAGGAUGUGAUCCAAUUGAAGAAAAGAGAGUCCAAGGAGAAUGCAGCAAGACGUGCUAGAGCUGAAUGGGCUAGUUGCUUGUGCAAACAUCGGGCUGAGGAGCUUGAAGCUAGUAUUGGUGAAGAGAUUGCAGCAAGAGCUGAUCUAAAGAAAGAGUUGGACACUGUGAAAGAAGAAGUCUCUGAAGUUCGAUCUGAAGUGGAAGACAAGAAAAGAAAGCUCAAGCCAAUGCUGGAACUCCAACACGAACUCUCCAACAAACUCCAACUGUCCUCUCUUGCCAAGUCUCACGCCGAGGGGCAACUAGAAAAGGCAGUCACAGAAAGAGCUAACAUACUUCGUGACAUUGAGGAGUUGAGGCGACAAAGAGAUGUGCUGCGGCGUAGAAUUGAGUUUUGUAGGGAGAAGGAUGCCAUAGGAAUGGCUACAAGGUUGAGUGACUUGGGCUUCAAUUAUAAGGAGUUUGCAGCUGAAGAGAUUAGAGCAGCCACUGACAAUUUCUCAGACCGUUUGAGAUUGAAAUCCGCGUGUGGAUGGACAAAUGUGUAUAAAGGAAGGAUCAACCACACAGCUGUGGCAAUCAAAUUGCACAAGUCAGUCAAGGGAUCAUCUCAAGAAGCAUUCCAAGCUAAGGUGAAGGUACUCAGCCAGAUGCGGCAUCCCCAUCUAGUUGCAAUGAUGGGCUUCUGCUCCGAGCUACAAUGUGUUGUAUUCGAGUACAUGCAAAAUGGCUGCCUGAGGGAUGCAUUAUUCUUGGUCGGCAGAAGCUCCAAGAGAAGAAACAGAGGUCUAAAUUGGCACACUCGAGUACAUAUUGCAGCUGAAGUUUGCUCAGGCCUCAGCUUCCUUCACUCAGCCCGCCCCAAGCCCGUAUCUCAUGGCAACCUCAACCCCUCCAAAAUCCUCCUAGAUUGCAACCUUGUUGCAAAAAUACAUUGUUUUAGGCCUGGUUGGUGCCACAACCAAUUUAACAUGCAGUCAGAUAUUCAGGCUUUUGGGACUCUAGUCUUGCAACUUCUGGCUGCGAGGAAUUGGGAAGAGCUUCCAAAAGAGACGAUUCCGAUGGACCGAGCAGCUGUUCAAGAGGUUCUAGAUGACUCGGCUGGGGAAUGGCCAUUGGAUGUGGCUGUGGAACUUGCUGGGAUAGCAAUGAGAUGUCUUUCUGCUAACAAAGGGCCAGGCACAGAUGUGUCAAUGACUACAGUGAUGAAGGAGAUCGACAAAGUGAUGAAGAAAGCCAAUGAUCUGGUGGCAAGGGGAGGAAGAGAGGAGGCGACGAAUAGAUGUGUAGAUACAGAAGACUUGUGUGAUGUACCAGGCGUGUUUCUCUGCCCUAUAUUUCAGGAUGUGAUGAAGAAUCCGCACAUUGCAGCGGAUGGAUUUUCGUAUGAGCUAGAGGCAAUACAGGAGUGGCUGAGAACCGGGGGCGAUACGUCACCCAUGACAAAUUUAAAGCUUAAGCACAAGCAACUUACCCCCAAUCACACCCUCCGGUCACUAAUCCAGGACUGGAGUAAUAAGCGAUCCAUAAUCCUUGCCUAAACAUGUAUAUAUUAUAACCUUCAUUUGUGUUUACAUAUUCAUUAGUUCCAGUCCAGCUUGCUGAUUCUUUUAUUACAUCAAGGAAACUCAUUUCUUUUAA